AUGUAUCGGUGGAGUUUGUUUGACUUGGGAGAGAAAAAGGGUCCAAGCCAGACCCAGAGCCAGACGCUGUUUCGUGCUGGCAAUGCAAACUGCAAACCUAAGGAUGCAUGCAUGCGUUGCAUUGCUAUGCUGGCCAGCAACUUACUCGCGAACGAAUAUGCCGGCGGUGGGAAGGGAUUGACUAUUCGUUUACACCAAUAUACCUUACUUCCCUUUUCAUCUUCACCUCGGAGGUCACUGCUCGGUGACGGAACGAUCGCCGAAGCGCUCAAGGGCUCGUAG